CUUCCCCGCCUCCCCCCCAUCCCGGAUUUAUUUAUCUCUGCCCCUACCCCGGCUGUAAGCCGCGCCGCGUCCUGUGCCCACGAUGAAGCGACCUUGCGAGGAAACUACCUCAGACAGCGACAUGGACGAGACUAUAGACGUGGGGAGUGAGAACAACUACUCGGGGCAAAGUAAUAGUUCUGUCAUUCGAUCAAAUUCCCCAACAACAACAUCUCAGAUUAUGGCCAGAAAGAAAAGAAGAGGGAUUAUAGAGAAAAGGCGCCGUGAUCGUAUAAAUAACAGUUUAUCAGAGCUGAGGCGGCUUGUGCCAACUGCUUUUGAAAAACAAGGAUCUGCCAAAUUAGAAAAAGCGGAAAUACUGCAAAUGACAGUGGACCAUCUGAAGAUGCUGCAGGCGACGGGAGGGAAAGGUUAUUUUGACGCCCAUUCCCUGGCCAUGGAUUUCAUGAGCAUUGGUUUCCGGGAGUGCUUGACAGAAGUCGCGAGGUACCUGACGUCGGUGGAAGGUCUCGACACGUCCGACCCCCUGCGCGUUCGACUCGUCUCCCACCUGAGCACCUGCGCCUCUCAGAGGGAAGCCGCCGCCAUGACCUCCUCCAUGGCCCACCACCACCACCACCACCCCUUGCACCCCCACCACUGGGCGGCCGCCUUCCACCACCUCCCGGCGGCUCUGCUGCAGCCGAACGGACUCCACGCCUCCGACGCCGCCCCGUGCAGACUCUCCUCCGACGUCCCCCCCCACGGCUCCGCGCUGCUCACCGCCACCUUCGCCCACGCCGACGCCGCUCUCAGAGUCCCCUCCGCCGGCAGCGUCGCUCCCUGCGUCCCUCCUCUCUCUACCUCCCUCUUGUCCCUCUCGGCUACCGUUCACGCCGCCGCCGCCGCGGCUACGGCCGCCGCCCAGAGCUUCCCCCUCUCCUUCACCGGCGCCUUCCCCAUGCUUCCCCCCAGCGCGGCCGCCGCCGCCGCCGUGGCCGCGGCGACGGCCAUCACCCCUCCGUUGGCCGUAUCGGCCACCGCCAGCCCUCAGCAGGCUGGCAGCGGGGGCGGCAAUAAACCCUACCGACCCUGGGGGACCGAAGUCGGAGCCUUUUAGGUGCCCCUCUCUCCCUUCCCGGCCUGGCUCCCUCCUCUCUCUCAGCAGACGUGCCCGCGCGUGCGCUCGCACCCCCACGUGCCCACAGCCGCCCACCCACGAGCCCCCGGGACUCGGCCUGUCCCUCCCGCUCGGCCCGGCCAAAGGGCCCGAGCGGUGCCGGCAAGCCCGCCGAGGAAUGGCACCGCUCUCCUCCUCGUUCCAGGCGUCGGAGAGGACACGGGGCGAUACCUUCUUCUUCUUCUUCUUCUUCUUCUUCUUCUGCUUC